AUCGGGGCAGUUGGGCGUUGGACUUCGCAUCUUAUUAGUAACCAGGGAAAUUUCUCCAUUUUCUGAGCUGUCUAGGUGUCACGGGCACAAAUUUGGGAAUUAAAAAUUUUACUUGCGUUUUCCAGGGUUUCUCCGACUGUUUUCUUUUCAGAGAUUGGAUUUGAUCGUUGCUUUUGGUGCUCUCGCUGGCCGGGUGUUUUAUUCUAAGAAAGAGGCUUGUUGCUCUUUGUUCUGUAUAGUGAUCUGUUGAGCUCUUUGUUGGAGUGAAAGCAUGGGAGCGCAAUUCUCUAAGACAGCUGGAAAAGGAGAAACGGCUGCAGAAAAACCAGGAGAGGCUGCAGCUUCACCCUCCAAAGCUAACGGGCAGGAAAAUGGCCACAUGAAGGUGAAUGGAGAUGCAUCUCCAGCUGCAGCUGAGCAGAAAGAAGAGGUUCAGGCUAAUGGCAGCGCAGCAGCUGAGGAGGGGGAGAAGGCUGAGGCAGCUCCAGCUGAAAAGGAGGCUGUGGAGGAAGAUAAAGCGAACACAGAAGUGAGUGCACCCACUGAAGAGGAAGCCGCGAAAGCUGAGGAUGGCGCAACUCCGUCCACAAGCAACGAGACACCUAAGAAGAAGAAGAAGCGCUUCUCUUUUAAGAAGUCUUUCAAGUUAAGUGGCUUCUCUUUUAAGAAAACCAAGAAGGAGACAGGUGAUGGAGAUGGCGGCGAGGAGGCCAAAACUGAGGGAGCUGAAGCUGCUGAGGGAGGUGUGUCAGAAGAGAACGCCAUACCGGCAGAGGAGGCCGAAUCCAAACCAGAGGAGAAACCAGCAGAGGAGCCCAAGGCUGUCAGUCCUGCCAGCGAGGAGUCCAAAGAGGAGGAGAAACCUGCAGAGUCAGCAGCGGAGACAGAGCCCGCUCCUUCUAAGGAUGAAGCACCUGUAGCAGAGGAAUCUGCUCCUACUGUUCAGGAAACAGAAUCCAGUCCAGAGGUCCAAGCAGAAUCUGCCACAGAGUAAUGUGCACAGUGCAGAUUAAAAAAAAAAAAAAAAAGAGAGAAAAAAAAAGAUAA